GAAAAAAGGGACCAGAGGGCCGGAAGCCCGGAACCAAAACCUAGACGAACCACACAGGCAGUCAGGCACAGCGCGGGCCGGGGAGAUAGAUAGGCAGACAGGCAGGCAGGGGGGCGACGGCACGGGGCGGGGCUAGCCAACCAGACCAACCCAAACCCUAGCUCACCGCUCGUUCCAUUCCAAUCCAUGGAGGUGGCGCUAUGAGCCGCCGCCGGGACGGCGGGACGUGGAGCUGGUGCGGCCGGGGAAGACGAGUCGAGGAUGACGGCCAGAUCGGACGAUCCCGGCGUCUCGCCAGGGACGUCGGCGGCGGCUGGCGGCGAGAUCUGGGGCACGUGGGAGGAGCUCCUCCUGGCGUGUGCCGUACGGAAGCACGGUACCGCCAGCUGGGACUCCGUGGCCAUGGAGAUGCUGUCCCGCUGCCCUCCCGCCGCGGCCGACAGCCUCACGCCCGCUGGGUGCCGCCUGCGGUAUCGCCUGCUCCACCGCCGGUUCACCGCCGCCGCCGCCGUAAACGGUGACGAGGAGCCCGACGCGGCCUCCGCCGACUGCUGCGUGGAGGAGCUCCGCAAGCUGCGCGUCGCCGAGCUCCGCCGCGAGGUCGAGAGAUACGACCUCUCGAUCGGGUCAUUGCAAUCUAGAGUGGAAAGGCUUAAAGAGGAGAGAGCGAGGAGCAUCUCCGGCGAGGCCAAUCCAGUACCGGCGGUGAAGGAGGACGGCGAGGAGGAGCCGGCGGAGGGGAGGAAAGAAUCUCUGGAGGAGGAGGGCGACGAUGCCGGCGGCGGGGAGGAGGAUCGUGUCUCCGGCGGCGAGUCCGGGCGGUCGUGCAAGGAGUCCAACUCGUCAGAUCUGAAGCGGCCGCGGCCAGCGCGAGACGCCGGGGACGGCGACGCGGCGGCGAGGAGGGAGGACGAGGGGGCAGGAGACGCCGCCCGCGAGUCGUCGGCUGUGAAGCGCGAGCAGGUCUCCGGUGAGUCGGUGGUUGGGUCCAAGGACACGGUGGCGGCGGCUGACACGGAGAAGGAGAGCAGCGACGUGCAGAGCUCGGCCAGCCCGUCCCGUCGCCGCGAGCGGGAGAUCGGCGCCGGCGAGGACGCGGAUGUGGCCUCAGCGCCGCCGCCGCCAGCGCCCGCAGCGGCGGUCCUCCCCGCUGCGGAGGCCGAGGCGUUGCGCGCGUUCCUCGAGGUGGUGCGAACCAGCAAGCCGGGCUCCGUGUUCGAGCGCCGGCUCGAGAGCCAGGACGACGCGAAAUACAGGUGCACCAUCAGGCGCCACGUGGACCUGGAGACGGUGAGGUCCAGGCUGGACGGUGGGUCCGGCAGCUACGCCUCGGCGACCGAGUUCUACCGCGACCUGCUCCUGCUGUGCGCCAACGCGCUGGUCUUCUACCCGCGCGGCUCGCCCGAGCGUUCCGCCGCGGCGCGGACGCGCGCGCUCGUCGCCAAGCACAUGUCCAAGGACCAGCCGGGGCCCUCGGGGAAGGCUGUCGCGGGGCCGGCGGCGUCCAAGAAGGCCAAGGCGGAGGCCGACGUUGGGUCGCUGCUGGAGAAGACGGCGCCCAUCAUCGUGUGCCGGAAGCGGAGCUCUAUCGCCAAGGCCGCCGCGGCGGCCACCGCCAAAGAGGAGAGAUCGGAGAAGGCGGAGUCCGACAAGGAGGGCGAGAAGCAGCAGGAGGCGGUGGGCAAGAGGAAGGCGGCGGCCGCCGCCAAGGACAGGGCGGCGUGGGGCCCGAGAACGAACAAGACCCGCGGCGGGCCUGCUGUCCGGAAGGCGUCGGCUCAGAGCCACAAGGGGGCGUCGGCGGCGGCGGACAACGGCUCGGACAGCGACGCACCGCCCGAGGAGGCCAAGAAGCAGCCUGCCGCUGACAAGAAAGGUGGUGGUGGCGGCGGUGUCGCCAAGAAGCGCAACGCCGUCAACUUCCUCAACCGGAUGAAGCAAGGUGGCUCGGCGCCGUCGACGGAGCGGGUGUCGCUACUGGAGACGCUGAAGCUCUCGGCCGCGGCGGAGCAGAAGAAGGCCGGGAAAGGCGAGGGCAAGGAGCCCGCGGGCGGGUCCGGUUCCAAGAAGGCCACGCCGGGGAGGAGGAACGUUGGCAGGCCACCGAAACGCGCGGCUGCCCCUCCAUCCCCGCCACCGUCCAAGAGGGCAAAGGGCGGCGGCGGCGGCGGGAAACGCGGGGGCAGGAAGUGAAGCCAAGUGGGAUGGAGUGGGAAGCAUUAGGAAGCUGUAGGCCCAGUCUCAGACCGUCCCAGCUCAACCGUGUGUAAAUGACGUAGGGUUGUAGGAGCGUUCGGUCCGAGCUUUUGUACCGUAUGCCAGUGGUGUAGGGGUGGUACUGUUUUUUGGGAGGAAAACAGGAUGAGUUGACCUGCGCUCGCGGGACUGCAUUGAUGAAGAGAUGGAUUGUGGAAGACGAUUCGUUUAGAAACUGUCGUCGAGGAAUACAUUUUUUUGGCUGAAAUUUGAAACCUGUAGCGAUGGAAUAG